AUGAGAUACAGGGCAAAACUCGUCGACGACCACCAGAUUCAACAUGCCUCGUUGCAUAACCCACUCCCUUGGCAAUUGCAUACCUACGUCUGGCCUUUCCUGAUCAUCUGGCCUGCUUUCUUCGCCUUCUACCUCUCCCCCGAGCGUUAUGAUACAUACAUCCAGGGACAGGAAUGGACCUUCGUCUGGGCGGGGUCUAUCAUCACCUUCCAGUCGCUCUUCUGGUUGAUGACCAAAUGGAACAUUGACAUUAACACCCUAUUCACCACCACCCGGGCCAAGUCCAUUGACACCGCGAAGCUCAUCAAAGUGGUUCCUAUCACCAAUGCCGGCUCCGCCGAGAUCUGCACCCUUCUGAACGAGAACGCCGGUCCUAAGAAGACUCUGUCGUUCCUCUUCCAGAAGCGUCGCUUCCUGUUCUACCCCGAAACUCGCACCUUCGCGCCCUUGUCCUACGCCCUCGACGCCGAGCCCAAGCCGGCCCUCAAGACUUUCCAGCUGACCGAGGGUUUCACCACUAAGGCCGAUAUUGACCGUGUCCAGCACCACUAUGGCGACAACACUUUCGAUAUUCCCGUCCCUGGAUUCAUCGAGCUUUUCCAAGAGCACGCAGUCGCACCUUUCUUCGUUUUCCAGAUCUUCUGUGUUGGGCUGUGGAUGCUCGAUGAAUACUGGUACUACUCUCUCUUCACGCUCUUCAUGCUUGUUGCUUUCGAGAGUACAGUUGUUUGGCAGCGCCAGAGAACUCUGGUUGAGUUCCGUGGAAUGAGCAUCAAGCCUUACGACGUUUGGGUUUACCGGGAGCGCAAAUGGCAGGAAAUUACCAGUGACAAGCUUCUUCCCGGUGAUCUUAUGUCAGUGAACCGUACCAAGGAGGAUAGUGGUGUUGCUUGCGAUAUUCUUUUGGUUGAGGGCAGUGCGAUCGUCAACGAGGCUAUGCUUUCUGGUGAGAGCACACCUCUCUUGAAGGACUCCGUUCAACUCCGCCCUGGUGAUGAUUUGAUUGAACCCGAGGGACUCGAUAAGCUCUCUUUCGUGCAUGGAGGUACCAAGGUUCUCCAGAUCACUCAUCCCAACUCUAACGGCGAUUCUACCCUGAAGAACCUGGCUAGCACCGUUACCCUGGCACCAGACAACGGUGCUUUGGGUGUGGUUGUCAAGACUGGUUUCGAAACUAGUCAAGGUAGCCUUGUCCGAACCAUGAUCUACUCUACCGAGCGUGUCUCUGCCAACAACGUGGAGGCUUUGCUAUUCAUUCUGUUCCUUCUGAUUUUCGCAAUUGCCGCUUCCUGGUACGUCUGGCAGGAGGGAGUGGUGCAGAACCGCAAGCGCUCCAAGCUUUUGCUGGACUGUGUCCUCAUUAUCACAAGUGUCGUGCCUCCUGAACUGCCCAUGGAGCUAAGUCUGGCUGUCAACACCAGUCUUGCAGCUCUGAGCAAGUUCGCCAUUUUCUGCACCGAACCUUUCCGUAUUCCCUUCGCUGGCCGUGUCGAUGUGGCUUGCUUUGACAAGACUGGUACUUUGACCGGCGAGGACUUGGUCGUUGAUGGUAUCGCUGGACUUACUCUGGGUGAAGCUGGCUCCAAGGUUGAGGCUGAUGGUGCCCACACUGAAUUGGCUCAGCCAUCCGCCGCCGGAGCUAACACCACUCUCGUUCUUGCCAGUGCUCAUGCUAUGGUUAAGCUCGAUGAGGGUGAAGUUGUUGGAGACCCCAUGGAAAAGGCUACUUUGGAAUGGCUUGGCUGGACUCUUGGAAAGAACGAUGUUCUCUCCUCCAAGGGUAACUCGCCCGUCAUUUCUGGUCGCAAUGUUGAGAACGUGCAAAUUAAGCGCAGAUUCCCAUUCUCUUCGGCCUUGAAGCGCCAGAGUACUAUUGCUACAGUCACCUCCAAUGACCGCAAGACCUCCAAAAAGACCAAGUCUACAUUUGUCGGUGUCAAGGGAGCCCCCGAAACAAUCCGCACUAUGCUGGUCGAUGCUCCUCCCAACUACGAAGAGACCUUCAAGCACUUCACUCGUAACGGUGCUCGUGUUCUUGCCCUCGCCUACAAGCAUCUUUCUACCGAAACCGAGCUCUCUCAGAGCCGCGUGAACAACUAUGUUCGCGAAGAGAUCGAGUCUGAGCUUAUCUUUGCUGGUUUCCUUGUCCUUCAGUGCCCUCUGAAGGAUGACGCGAUCAAGUCUGUCCGUAUGCUCAACGAAAGCAGCCACCGUGUUGUCAUGAUCACUGGUGACAACCCACUGACUGCUGUGCACGUCGCUCGCAAGGUUGAAAUUGUGGACCGCGAGGUUUUGAUCCUUGAUGCCCCAGAGCAUGACAACUCUGGUACCAAGAUUGUCUGGCGUACCACUGAUGACAAGCUCAAUAUUGAGGUUGACCCCACUAAGCCUCUCGACCCGGAGAUUCUGAACAACAAGGAUAUUUGUAUCACUGGAUAUGCCCUGGCCAAGUUCAAGGGACAGAAAGCGCUUCCUGACCUCCUGCGCCACACUUGGGUCUACGCUCGUGUUUCCCCCAAGCAAAAGGAAGAAAUUCUUCUCGGCCUCAAGGAUGCUGGUUACACCACUCUGAUGUGCGGUGACGGCACCAACGAUGUUGGCGCUCUCAAGCAAGCCCACGUUGGUGUUGCACUUCUGAACGGCUCGCAGGAAGACCUCACCAAGAUCGCCGAACACUACCGCACCACCAAGAUGAAGGAGCUGUACGAGAAGCAAGUUUCUAUGAUGCAACGUUUCAACCAGCCAAACCCCCCUGUUCCAGCUCAGAUCGCCCACCUGUAUCCUCCUGGCCCCAGCAACCCUCACUACGAGAAAGCCAUGGAACGCGAGCUCCAGCGCAAGGGUGCGACAAUCACUGCCGGUGCCGAACCUAUCCCGACUAUCACAUCUCCCGGUGCUCAGGCUCUGCAGCAACAGAACGCGAACUCCCAGCAACAGAGACAACAGCAGGCCCAGGUCGCCGCGGCUGGUCUUGCAGACAAGCUGACCUCUUCCAUGAUGGAGCAGGAGCUGGAUGAUAGCGAGCCUCCCACCAUCAAGUUGGGUGAUGCUUCUGUCGCCGCUCCCUUCACCAGCAAGCUGGCCAAUGUCAUUGCUAUUCCGAACAUUCUCCGCCAGGGUCGCUGCACUCUUGUUGCAACCAUCCAGAUGUACAAGAUUCUUGCUUUGAACUGCUUGAUUAGCGCUUACAGUCUGAGUGUCAUCUACUUGGAUGGUAUCAAGUUUGGUGAUGGUCAGGUCACUAUCAGCGGUAUGCUGAUGAGUGUUUGCUUCUUGUCUAUCUCUCGUGCCAAGUCUGUCGAGGGUUUGUCCAAGGAACGCCCGCAGCCCAACAUCUUCAACGUUUACAUCAUUGGAUCUGUUCUUGGACAGUUCGCGAUUCACAUCGUGACACUGAUCUACCUUUCUCAAUAUGUCUAUAAGCAUGAGCCGAGAUCCUCCGAAAUUGAUCUCGAGGGUGAAUUUGAGCCCUCCCUUCUCAACAGCGCUAUCUACCUCCUCCAGUUGAUCCAGCAAAUCUCCACCUUCUCGAUCAACUACCAGGGCCGUCCCUUCCGUGAGUCCAUCCGCGAGAACAAGGCUAUGUACUGGGGUCUUGUCGCUGCCUCCGGUGUUGCAUUCUCCUGCGCUACUGAGUUUAUCCCCGAGCUCAACGAGAAGUUGCGUCUUGUUCCUUUCACCACCGAGUUCAAGGUGACUCUCACUGUUCUCAUGAUCUUCGAUUACGGUGGUUGCUGGAUCAUCGAGAAUGUUCUCAAGCACCUGUUCAGUGACUUCCGCCCUAAGGAUAUCGCUGUCCGCCGUCCUGAUCAGCUCAAGCGCGAGGCGGAUCGCAAGUUGCAAGAGCAGGUUGAGGCCGAGGCGCAGAAGGAGCAGCAGAGAAAGAUCUAA